GCUCGCGUCACGUGGCCGCGAUGGAGGGAGGGGGGCAGCUGCUCAGCUGUUCGCCCGUCUCUGGCGGUGUGAGUCGAAGCCGCUGCUCAGCGUCUCCCAUUUCUCUUACGUCGCUGUUUAUUGCCCAAUUUUUUUUGGUUUGUUUCAGUCGACUAUUUGUUUGUUGUUGUUGUUGUUUGUUGUUGAGCUCGAUGUGAUUGCUUCGUUUCGCCUUCUUCGCGCCUGUAUCGACCCGCGUGUCGGUAACAACAACCACCACCAUCAGCCCGCCCGCCUCUCUCUCUCCGCGUGUUGGUGAGUGGCCGCCAGCCACAUCGCAAUGGGCGACAAAAGAAGCCCCACAAGGCCGAAGAGACAGGCGAAGGCUCUGUUUGAGGAGGCAUACUGGGACUGCAGCGUGUGCACGUUCAGGAACAGGGCGGAGGCGUUCAAGUGCAGCAUCUGCGACGUGCGGAAAGGCACGUCCACACGGAAGCCCCGACUGAAUUCACAGCUCGUCGCCCAGCAGGUGGCUCAGAAGUUCAGUGUUCCCACCAAGAAGGAGAAGAGGGAGCGCGGUGAGAAAGAGAAGCUGGACAAAGACAGGGAGGCGUCUUCCAGCACAAGCAAGAGGAAUCUCAACAAAAAAACAAGACCCAAGCUGAAGAACAUCGACAGGAGCAGUGGGCAGCAGCUCGCCGUCACCGUGGGCAACGUCACCGUCAUCAUCACCGACUUCAAGGAGAAGAAGCCCACGGCAGGUGCCGGCGCGGGGGCGUCGGGCCCCAAGGGACCCUCGGCGGGCGGGGCGGCCCGGGGCGGUUCGGAGAGGGGCGGCUCCAGCUCCGACAGCAACACGGAGAGAGAUGAGCCCUCGCACCCGACCUCGCCGCAGAGGGACGAGUCGCUGAGCGGAGACUCGCACUGAAGCGGCGGCGGUGGAGGUGGCGGCGUUAGGGGAAGUGGGGGGGGGGGGGGGGGGGGGCGGUGGCGAGCGUAGGAAUCCGUCGCAGAUUGAUUUGCGUGCCGUUAAGUCUCUUUAAAGUGCUCGGAGAGCGGCGAAAUUUCAAUUUGGCUUCUUUUUGGCAGGCCCAAAAAAUAGUGCCGUGUUUUUAUCGCUGUAUGCAUUUGCACCGGAACUACACUGAGAAUCAGUUUUUAUAGCCGAGGUAAAUGUGUGCCUUGGUCAACCAUAUUUUUCCCAACUUCUACUAGUAUUUUAAAACAUUAUAAAAUGCUGCAUAAGCAUCUCUUAUACCAGCAGUGUUUUUUUUUUCAUAGGCUGUAUCAUGCCUACUUUUCAGUGUACAGAAAUUUAAGGUCAAUUCACCAAUGAACUUGUAUAUGCCACAUUUCACUGUGAUAAACCUCAGCACAAACAUUGGGUGCUGAUGAGCCAAAACUGAUCUGACAUUUGAGACUGUCAAACAAAAGUUAGUAGUUAAUUUAGAGCAAUAAGUGCUUUCAAAAUAGGAAACAAAUGUAAAAUCUGUUGGUGCUAAUGUUUUGGCCUAAAAAAAAAAGUACGUGUUUAUUUAUACGUAAACAAUGGAGCUGAACCUUUUUUACUUUAAUAACAUACGUGUCAUUUUAGUAUAACAAGUGAAUAGUAGUGGCUCCACAGCACACACUGGCACUGCAAAUAAUCUGCAUUGCUCAGUAAAUACAAAGCUUCUAUUCAAUUUGGCUGUGUAAAAGACAAUGGCGUUUUUACAAUACAGUACAGGGAUUUCAGACGGUUAACUUUAUAUAUUGCUGUCCGUAAACAGUUGUUUUCUCUUGCGGUUGUCCCCUUUGCAAUGCGUGGCAAGAGUACGUUCGUGGUGCCUUGUGUUUGUACAUACUAUAUCGGUGGCUGUGUCGUGGUGUGCGCUUCUGUGCUGUUGGCUGUGCCAGUUGCUAUGCGAGACGUUUUUCUUCGGCCAUGGCACGGCAUUGAAAUGUGGGAGGGCUUGCUUGCCGCAUGCAAUUUGAACACGUUCUCAUGAUCUGACCGAGUGCAGCACAUAUUCGGCCUGGCAAGUGAGGGCACAUUGACGCUUGCCCAAUUAACCGUUUGUACCUGGGAUAUGAUUAAGCCAUAGGUGUGCACUCCACAAUGUCGGUGUGAUUAUCAGAAAGAUAAUGAACCCUGAUUUAAAGCUUUCGUGACUGCAGGGAUUUAUAUUCUUGGUUCUUUCGGUAAAGUCACGUAGAAGGGAAACAAUAAAUAAUAAAAAUAUAAAACAAUACAAUUCUCACGACGUUUCGACUGCAACACAAGCAGUCAUCAUCAGGUGUGAAAACCACAGCAAGAAAAUUAGAAAAAUUAUUGUUUCCCUUCUACGUGACUUUACCAAAAGAACCAAGAAUAUAAUGAACCCUGCUAAAUGCACAUGGUUCUGUAAAUUCCAUGCUGCCCAGUUUGUUACGGACACCCGCUUAACAUUCGGUUUUUGGAGUAUAAUUGAUUGUAUCUGCAUUAAUUUGCGUGUGAGUUGAACCGCACGCUCCCUUAGCAUGCGUCGUACAAGCAACAGCGUCACACCGAGCUUGUAAAGUGCAAUCUUGGCACGGUAUUCGUGAAAUCUAGACCACAGAUUGGAUUGUGAGGUUCCCAUCAUGUGAAUUGCAUCCUUUUGCUGUAUGGGGUCUUGGAUCGGUGUGGUGGUUGGUAGGGUUCACACUAGGGUGAGAUUUAAUCGACCUUCAUGUUGGGACUGCUGAGUUGUGAACAAAUGCAGUCACACUCCACACACCGAUGCAUAAUCUGUUAAAUAUGAAGGGAGGGAAAUAAAUGUCUCACUUCAUAGUCGAGGGUGAGACGGAUCUGCGUGGAAUGUGCUGUAUGGCCAACCGUUAUUAGGAAAGACAAGCCCUGAAAAGGACUGAGAAAUAAAAAAAAAUGAAAACUGUACUCUCAUAGAAAAUAAUGGCAAGAGCUCAAUGUAUCUUACCUCUCCAUAUGCUGUGGGACACUGGCAUUGUGUUAACUGAGCAUAGUAGUUGGCACCUUCAUUGCUUGGAAUAAACUUGAUGGAACUUGAAUGGAAUGAAAUGGAAGUACUCUAUAGAAAUACUUAAAUAUAUACCUAUAAUAGAAAUUAUUGUGCAAAUUCGAAUACAUAUAUAUUGUAGUCUGUUGCUUUGUAUUUCAGCUAUGCAUUCGUAUAUUCUUGAUUCUGUAACAAUGCCUCUACGGGAAGUUUGUUAGUGUUUUACCUGUUAACUAUUGGUGUUGAGAAAAAAAAUAACAUUGUAUUAAAUCUUGCAGCCCUUAAGGAAAGCAAUUCCUAAAGGUGAAGAUGCAGAGUUUGAAUAUAUAUUUCUGGUGCGUCUAAAAUCUCAAUCAUAGUGUAGUUUUAAAUGAAAGCCUUUCCAAUGCCACUUGACGUCCACCAGACCUGUCAUAAUCAAUUUAAACUAUGGAACAAUAAAACAAAAUAAUAGCCCUACUGUGAAAUCGUAACUCACAAGAAAAAAAAACCAUUAAUGUGAUCCCUUGCAUAUUUAUUGGUGCUAGUGCAAAAGCAUGCCUCAUGUAAAACCGAUAUUGUGGUAUGUUUUAUGUGUGUAGUCGUUUAAGCCCUCAUUAAUAUCCACAUCAAUCGUGCCCUUGUACUUAAAGCACUUACACGUGGCUAAAUUAAUUUCGGUAAUUGUUUUGUGUCUUAUGAGAGACUAAUUAUUGCCGUGCAUUGCAUUGACGUGCAUAUGUGUGCAUGUGUGUUUGCGUGUGCUGUACCGUAUGUGCACAAUACAAUACUUUUGUUGUGACGAAACAUAACCGAGUGUGUUAUGGCAAGACGCGUACGUGACGUGGAAAAAUAAAAUGCGUCUGUAAUAAUCAAUGACUGAUAAUUUACAAUGAUGCAUAGUGGAAUUUAUUGUGACUAUCAGUAUGCAAAUACGAUUACAAUGAGUGUGUGUGCGCAUGCAUAUAAAUGUACACAGUAAUACCACGACUUGCCAGAUUUUUUCUUUUUGCAUUUCCGCACUUCGGAUUAGGUUGGCUCUGUACUGUGUGAAAGAAGUUCAACAUGCAUGCGUACACACAUUUAGCCGGACCAAUGCCAGACAAACGACACACUCAUUUGGCGCACCGAUCGGUGCUCCCAGAGCACCAGGCUGCAGGGCAUUGCGGGGCCCACAGUUACUGUGGCCCAGACGUAUCGUAAACCGUGUGUGCUGUGUGGGGCUCCCUGUAAAGAUGCCCUCUUGUCUUCUUGCUUUCGCAUCUUUACGCGGUUUGUUUUUCUCCCGCCCCUUCAUUGCUUUUGCCUUCCCCCGGAUUCUCUCGCCUUCUGCCACGGUGGUCGGUUGUUGCGUCACGUUCUCUGGUUGUGCUUGUUCGCUGCUUAUUUUUGCUUGUCGGAGUUGCGAUACGGUUUUUUUUUCUUCUUCUUCUAUACACAUGUAUUUUCUUUUACGGUCGAGUAAAUGUAUUUAAAAAAGAAAUUACUUCAAAUUAUUGUAUUCGCUGUAUGUUUUUAAUGGUAGGUUUUAUUUCGAGGGUUAUUGCAUUAUCGCAUUAUUUUGAUUAUUUUUUUUGCAGCUGGCUAGACCGAGGCUCCCCUCGCCCCCCCCCCCCCCUCGCCGCUUUAUUAGUCUGGCUCGCCGAGGUUUAACCGUAUGCAUAUCGAUCAACAGCUGUGAUGCUACACAACCCCAAAUAAGAGGUUUCCCUCGCUUCAUGCGCUGAGAUGCUCUCCGAAAAAAAGACGCGCAGCAAAGCAGAAACGUCACGUGAGGAGGCAGCUGCCUGCUGAGGAGCGUACGAAGUAGACACAACGCUGUCCCACGUUCCCACCACAUCACCGCAAUGUCGAGUGAAUGCAAACCGCACGGAGCGUAAUUGUUGCUUAGAAGUAGGUUCGGAGCGCGAGAUCGCACAAGUCGAACCUGCGUCGAGCGAGGGAAACCUGUAUCUCGCGAAAUUUAAGUGGCACGUUUUAAAAUAUAACGUAGGACAGCGGCCAGGUGGUUUGAGUCACCGCUGAGCUCUCUCGGCAAAUUGCGUUUGAAUAGAAGUGAGCUGUCCAUGAUCAAACCAGGUUCUCAAUUUAAAGUGAUGGUUUGAGCCUGGUCACUCAUAACUACAACUACAACAAAACAAACGAUUGCUUUGAACGUUUUGCUUAUUUUUGGAAGAAUAAUUUAACUUUUGAGAAAUACACCAAUUUUACUUGCCGUGUGAUGAGAAUUGUUUUUCUGUAGCACGGCGAGCUGGAAAGUUCAGCCCCCCACCCCCUGUUGUGUCUGAAAGAGGCCACAUUUUAGAACUAGUGCUGAGAUGUCUCCUCCUGGCUUUUGUCUACCCAGAAUUGUUGCACUGCUCUGCAAGAAUCCCACAAUGGAUGGAUACUUUGUCUCAUGACAUAACAUAAAUUGGAA